GUACUGGAGCUGGUCUCCGACACUGACUGGGAUUUGCUUUGGCUUGGAACGACCCUGCAGGCCGGGGGUGCAGUGGCCUUCGAGUGGGAUUUUUAUGUGCUGAGCUCUUUUUUUUGUAUUUCAUUAUCCUCCUUACCUGCUGCUGGCAGCGCAGGUUGAACCAGGACAGGACUUCCUGAAAGAGAUAUAUAAACCAGAGGAACCGGAUUCACUCUGUGGACUCAGAGGUCAUCCCACUGACCGACUGUGAGGCCGUGUACCAGCCAGCUGUCUCCAAGCAAGCAGAUAACACCAUCCCCGGCGGGGUCAUGGAGGAGUCGGAGGUCUGCUCCCUGCCUGGGGGACUUGCCAGUGUGAGGAAACAAUUUGAGACCCAGGAAACUGCAACAUCACACAAUGUAACCCAGUUCCAUUUUCAUCACAGAAGUGUGCAGGAAAUGUCCAACUCUGAAGUGACAGUGUCAAGCAGCAGCAGGCAGGUUGUCCCAGGCAGUCAGCAGCUAAAUUUCAACCAAGAAACAAUGGUGAUGUACAGCGAUAAUACCUUGGCAUCUACUUAUGAAAACCAUCAAAAUGAAACAGAAGAGGAGUUUCCCAGGUACACAGCAAAAGAACUGAGGGAUCGCUUUGAAAAAACAAUAGAAGAGGCUGCUCCACAGAAACCAAUUAAGAUUGGACGUGAUAUCAAUCGAUCUAAGUGGUCCUCAAAUGUGACACAAAGCAACACCAUGACUAGAGAGGUUUAUGGAGCAUCCGCCACUGAGGCAGCAGAAGAGAUAUCAGCUGAAGUGAUGGAUUAUGAGGACUUUCCGCCCCCACCACCUGAGGAUUCCGACUAUUUUCCACCCCCGCCUCUAAAUUUACUAGAAAUGCCAUCAGACAGUGAAAAUAUUUCAGCAUGCCAUUACUCACCUGGGCCUCCGGAACCGGCAAACCCCUCCAAAUACUUAUUCAGCAAAGAGGCUUACUUCAAUCAGAGGAGUAUGCAUGAGCUGAAACGUCUUUGCAAGCACAUUCAUCCUGAGGUUCGUAAGAAUAUAGAGAAGGAAUACUACAGUGAUUACAAUGAAACUGAGAACAACCAGUUAGAGAACCAAGAGUACAUGUAUGAGAAUGAUGGUGAUAGUCCUGAUGAUAUCAAUGAUGAAGAAUACAUGGAUUGGGAAGAGAUUCUUCCUGGGGAGGUGCAGGCGAUGCGAUGGAAGUUUGAAAAUAAGCCACUGGACACCAUUAAAGAUGAGACUCCUGAUGAGGAUGAUGACAACAACAAAAUAACUGAACAGGAAAUGAUUCUUGGAAAAGAUGUGAGACGUACAGCUUGGAUGUUUGAGACCAAGCCAAUGGAUGAGCUGAGUUUACACAAUAUCAACUCGACAGAAUAUAAAAACAAAUUCAACAAAUUUGAUAAAGGAGAUGUCCGCGCUGCAGCGUGGUUAUUUGAAACCCAAACAAUGGGCACCCUAAAUAAAAUGCAUAAGGAGGAGGAUUUAACAAAAGAGAUUGUCUUUACAGAGGAGGAUGGAAAUGCUACUAUUUACAUGAUUGACAAUAAGUACAUGGAAAGCCUUGGCCACACUGAGACCAUUGAUGAGAGCCACCUCUUGAGUCUGAGGUCAGUAUUAGAAGAAAUUAAUGGAGAGGUGAAAACUGUUACGAGCACUUUUGACACUCAGUUUAAAUGUAUCAUUAUGGGACAAUCGAGCCAAAUGCUGGAGAUUAAGUCUGUGCGUAAAAUUGAAAGUGAAUUGGAGAACUCCAUUGCUUCACGUUGGCUUUUUGAUACCCAACCCCUGGACAUGACAAACAGAGAAUCUACAUCUUUGAAACUUGUGUGUAGUCUUUCCAUGGAGGACAGCAAUAAGGGAGACUGGGGCAGGUGGUUGUUUGAGAUAAAGACAUUAAAUUCUCUCAAUGAGUGGGAAAGCUCAAAAAUGGAGAAGAAAGAGAUUAGUGGAGCCGAUGUGCGCAAGCAUUGCUUAGUGUUUGAAACCCAACCAAUGGAUUCUCUGAAGGAUGACUCCAAUUCAAGAUCCCAGUCUAUUGAAGAAAUUAUCGGGGGCAAUGUUAGAUCUGCGAGGCACUUUUUUGAAAGCAGCCCUCGAGUGGAGAGGAAAACUGGCCCUGAGGUCGGAAAACUUCAAAAGGCUAAAGUAAAUGAAGAAAUGAAAGGCGAUGUGAGACACCAAAAGUGGCGCUUUGAGAGUCAACCUCUAGAGCACAUAAGAGAGGGGAAGAAAAAGGUUACCCGCACUGUAAAUGUUGAGGACGACCUCACACAGGAGGAUGGCACAAGCUGCAAGGCAGAUGUUCGUAAGAACUGCUGGGUAUUUGAGACUCAGCCAAUGGAUACUUUAAAAGAUGAUUCAAAUACUCAGCCCCUGACAAAAGAGGAUAUUAUUGCAGGUAAUGUAAAAUCAGCCAGAAAUUAUUUUGAAACGUUUCCAACUGAGGAGUUGAAUGAGCUUGCAGAGGUGGGCAAACUGAAAAAAACAGAAGCACUUAAUGAGGAGAGGGGUGAUGUUAGACAUCAGAAAUGGCGAUUUGAAAGCCAACCACUGGAGCAUAUUCAACAGGAAAGGAAGGACGUCAUCCGAACAAUUGACCUAGAAGAAAUUGAUAGAGUUGAUGUCUCAAACUACAAGCAAAUCUUUGAGAGCACAGAUCUAAACUGUAAGGAUGAAUCUCAAAAGAUUCUCAUAGAGGGUGUAACAUCUGGUUCUGUGAAAUCAAAUAAAAACCUGUUUGAGUCUACUUCACUGUAUGCCAUGCAAGACAGCUCAGGACACUUCCAUGAGGUGAAAACAGUGCGGCGGGAAGAGGUUGUGAAAGGAGAUGUAACAACAUGCAAGUGGAUGUUUGAAACAAGACCAAUUGACCAGUUUGAUGAAAGCAUUAAUAAAUACCAAAUUAUCAAGGGCAUAUCCAAAGAAGAAAUAGAGUCUGGUGAUGUUAAAACUGCAAAGUGGUUGUUUGAAACACAGCCUCUUGAUGCUAUUAAGUACUUCAGCAAUAUUGAAGAUGAAGAGGUUGUGAGGACAAGAAGUAAUCUCGAUUUCAUGAAGGGUGAUGUCAAAACCUGCAAGUGGCUAUUUGAGACAAAACCAAUUGACAUCCUGUAUGAAAGAGCGGAGUUAAAGGGUGAAAAUGAACCUGAAGAAAUGCAUAAGGGAGACGUCAAAACCUGCACAUGGCUUUUUGAGACACAAGCACUCGAUAGUAUCCACGAUGAGACAGAGACCAUUUUAAAAACAUGCACUGUCAAUCAAGAGGACAUUAGAGGAAAGGAUGUAAGAACGGCUUGUUUUCUCUUUGAGACAGAGAAACUGGAAAACCUCACCGGAGAGGAGACAGGCUCUUUUAAGCGUGUCACCGAGAUAGACAUUGCGUCUGGGGAUGUGUCAGGGAUGAAAUACAUUUUUGAAAACCAAACGUCUGAUAUCAUGACUUCUACAUCUGAGGAGGUAAUGCAAAAGCUCAAGAGAGUUCAGACUGAGGACAUACAAAAAGGAAACGUGGUGAACUGCAAAUGGCUCUUUGAAAACCAAUCCAUAGAUACAAUCCACGAUAGCCAAGAGGAAUUUAUUAACAGCCGCACAGUGAAUGAUGUACAAGGAGGAGAUGUAGAUAAGGGACGUUUCAUUUUUGAGACCUACUCCUUAGAUGAAAUUCAGGAGACAGACACAGAGCUGAUGAAAAUGCGAAAAAUUGUCCGUGAUAAAGAUGAAAAGGGCGAUGUGAGAAAUUACACCAUGAUGUUUGAAAACCAGCCCCUUUACGCCAUUCAGGACAAAGAGGGCAUUUACCACGAGGUCACCACUGUCACAAGCGAGGAAGUAACACGAGGAGAUGUUGUCGGAACCCGGUGGAAGUUUGAAACCAAGCCCCUUGACACCAUCAAGGACACAGAUGAGGUUUAUAUCAUUAAAUCUGUCACACAACAGGAUGUGCAAAAAGGAGAUGUCACGUCUGCCAAGUGGAAAUUUGAGACACAACCUCUCGACAGGAUUGCUGAAGAGAAGAAGGCUUUCAUAAAAACUGUGGAUGAUAUUCAGGGAGGCAAUGUAAGGAUGAACAAAGAUCGUUUUGAGUCUGACGCACUGUCACAGGAAUCUGUUAGAACGGUUAAUGUGAGUGAAAUACAAAAAGGUGACGUCAGGUCUGCGAAAUGGAGAUUUGAAACCCAGUCCAUUGACAAAAUAAGAAGCAUGAGCUCUGAAAAUCUGAUUGAAACAGUUAAAAAGGAGGAGGUUGAAAAGGGAGAUGUCAAACAUUCAGUCUGGCUCUUUGAGAAAAAUCCUCUUGACCACAUUAAAGAGGUAAAUGAGGAUGAAGGUACAACCAUCACAUCACAAGAGGAGAUUUCCAAAGCGGAUGUAAAAACAACAACGUGGCUCUUUGAAACGACACCAUUUGACGACUUUAACGAGACAAAAAUGGAGAAGACUGAAAUCCUGGGUAAGAGUGUCAAGGGAACUCUUGAGGAACUUUAUAGUCAGAAAAUGGUGAAGUCACAGGGAAUACUCAUUGAAGCUGAUGAAAUAGGUGAUGUUAGGAUGGCAAAAUAUCAGCUAAUGAAUAAGCAGGCACCGGAAAUUCAGCGAGAGGAUGUCAUCAGGGGAGAUCUGCAGACUAUUAUGAUGAACCUGCUGAACAGACAGGAAAGACAGGAGCAGCAAAUAGUCAUAGAUUCAGAAGAGAAGGGUAAUAUCAGUUCUACGGUGCAUCAACUUUUCAACCAAGAGAAAGGCAGCAGUAUUGAAAGAGAGGAAGUAUUACGAGGUGACAUUCAGGAAGCUAUAAACAACCUUUUCCAUGAGAGUGGUUCAGCCAAACAUGGAAUACUCAUCCAGGAGGAUGAGAAAGGAGAUGUGCAGAUGACAUUAUAUUCCCUUCUCAAUAAACAAGAGAAUGUUAAUGUUGAAAAAGAGGACAUUGUAAGAGGGGAUAUAAAGAGUGCUCUUCAAAGUCUGUCCAGCUCAGACAAGACAGAUCAGGCAGUGAAGAUAAAGGUAGAUGAGGCUGAAAAAGGGAAUGUCAACUUUUACUCCACAUGCAUCGAAUCUGGGGCUCUCGACUAUCUUAAAGAGCUCCAUGUAGGACCUGAUGAGACUCUACCGGACAGAGCAGAAAAAGAGAAGAUCAUUGGAGGCGACAUCAAGAACACUAAACUUAUCCUUGGCCGUAAACAAAUGCAAAUUGAGCGUACUGUGGAGGAUGUUAUACCCGGUGAUGUUCACAACACGGUGAAGGUUUUCAUGUCAGAGCCAACCCUCCCACUGGAAAGAGUCCAAAAGGAAGAGAUAGUCAAGGGCGAUUUAAGAGCUGUUUUAAAUUCAUUGUCUGAAUCAGCGAAUCAGACAGUUGUUGUAGAGAAAGAGGAGGUCGUGAAAGGCAACAUACCGAAAACCCUGCGGUGUCUCGAGAGGGCUCAAAAGCGGUACAAAGAGGUGGACAAGCCAGAUAUCAUACCUGGAAAUAUCAAAGGGGCUCUGAGAUCUCUUGAGAAAUCAUCGACAUCCAGAGUUGAAGCUGCUGUCGAGGAUUUAGUUUCUGGAGAUGUGAGGGCCACAUUGAAAUCUCUGGAGCUGGCAAAGCAAGUGGUGAAGGAAGUUGAAAAGGAAGAAAUUGUGAGGGGCGAUAUUCGCACAGCAAUGCAAAGUCUGCACGAUGCCUCCAGUGAGAGGAGGACAUGUCAACAGGGAAUAGAUGUUCAGGGAGACGUCAAAGGAACGAUCCAGCUCUUAAUGGAGGCUCCGCCUUCACCGAGGAUGGAAAGGAGCCCAAGCCUCGAGCGUGAUGUAAAGGGUGAUGUGAAGAUGUCAAUUAAGUCGUUAUAUGAGAUGCAGGAGCAAUCCCAGCUGGGAAAAGAAGAAGUGAUAAAGGGCGAUGUUAAAGGCACUAUUAAAUCGCUGUUGGAAACAGCACAGCGUGAAGCUCCCAAAGUCAGACUUGGAUCAUACAGAAGAGUUCGAGUCAAGCAGAGCCCUCCAGUUAAAAACCUAAAUGCUGAUGCACAGAGGAACAUACAAAAGAUAAAAACUGCUAAUUCAGUUGAGACAUCAAAAGAAAAUCACUCCAUCUCUAAUGAAACUGAUAUUGUUAGAACAAUGUCAAGUUCUGUGCAGCAGUCUGCUCAGCAAUCAACUGUGGUGGAGCAUAGAACGAUUACCCAAAACCAUGGCAUCAAAACAUUAAAGACAGAGUUUCGUAAUCUAAAGUCGAAGGGAAAGGGAACAAAAAAACUAGACAAAACCAAAGUAAAGACUGGUGAUUACAUCAUAAACUCACAAACACCGGAGCCUGAUCUGCCUCUCCCACCUCCACCUCCACCGGUGGCAGACACUGACCUUCCUCCUCCUCCUCCCUCUGUUGAUUCUGACAUUGAUCACCUUCCUCCUCCACCACCACCACUCACCAGUGAGCAGGACUUCCUCCCACCUCCUCCAUCUCAACAAGAACUGGAGAGCAUGCCAGCACAGGCAAUUCAUACUUCACCAGCAAAAGCAAAAAAGAUGAUGGUCAAAAAAGUGAAAGCUCCUGUUUUACACCAGGUCCAGAAGCUGGAGCCUAAAGUGGAAUUCAGUCAAACACAACAGGUGGAGGUUAAAUCGGAGAAAGUGGUAGAAAUGAACCGAAAAGAAUCGAAAACAACACAUACAUCAAAAACUGUUUCAUGUGAAAUCCCUCCUCCGCCUGAGUCACAACCACUAAAGAAAGUUUGCAUCUCUCCUGUGAAAUUUACCCCUCCUCCCUCUCCUCCGCCUAUCAGAGGGAAAAUGAGUAAAUUUAACACUCCAUUAAUAAAAGCAGAAGGAAAGUACAGGAAGCUGGUGGAGGAAAACACCCCCCCAACCACUCCAACACCCACUUACAUACAUGACUCAGUUACUGCUUCUCUUGAUAUGCUCUCCACCAGUGAUGUAGAGCAGUCAAAUAACAACACAUCAGAAAUCACAACAGAGAGAGUUGAAAAGUCUGGAUUGUGUGUUCAUUCAGAUUCCCAAUCCUGUGAUUUAUCCAAGCAUGUUGUAGUUGCAAAUACAACCCAGAGCAAUGUCAGCACUUGCCAUGAGAAAAUCCUCACAGAUUCAACAGUUACAUUGUCUGCCAAACAACAAAUUGUCUCAUCUGUCUCAGCUGUUAGACAACAGAUGCAUACGACGACACAGAAAACAGUUUCUGUUUCCUCCAAGCAGUCUGCUCAGUCUGUCAUGGUUGACAAAGUCCAGACCUCAAUCACCGAUGUCACAAAAACUGAAAAUAUGAUGGCUGAUAGAAAGAAGGAUUCCAAAAAUCAGAAAACAAAGAGCUCCAACAAGUCUGAAGAUAAAAGUCAAGUCAAAUCAAGUGAAUCUGAGAAAAAAGACAAAAAUGUAAAGUCUAAAUCACCACAGCGCGAUAACAAGAACCAAGAGAAAGUUUCUAAAGAGCCCAUGCAAACAGAAAAGGCUGCCACUUCUACAAAUAGUAAAGCAAGCAAACCAAACCAAAAGGUGAAAAAGAACAAUAAGCAAGAAAGACAAGUAGAGAGAAAAUCACCCAUUGAGAGUGAGAGUAUUUCACAAGAUGUCAAGGUGGAAGUGAAGGAAGCUACUGAGGUGAAAGUGAUCAGUGAACCUAAAGAAGUUAAGACAGAGCUAAAGCAGGGGAUUAAGAAAGUUACUUCCUCUCCUGCUGCUGAAUCCACGCCUGCUGUUACUGUUAGCAAGACUGACAGCCAACCAGAAACUCCGGCUCAAGCAAAGAAGAAAAAGAAGUCCAAAAAGUCUAAAGGGGGUGCACAGCCAGGUCAAGGUAAAAAAAUGUCCACAGAAUCACAGACAUGUGUUAUAGAAACCAAGACAGCAACAUCUGAAAAAUCCCACCAAACUCAGGAAAAAAUUGCAGUUUCCCAAAUUCAUAAAAGUAUAAAAGAAGAGCAGAUUCAAGUCAAGAGAGAAAUCAUUACCACAGAAAGCAAAGACGAUCAGAAUACCCAGCAACAAAAGGCAGUUCAAAAGCAAGUGAAGGGAUCUCAAAAGAAGAAAGGAGUGACAGUUAUUAAGCAGAGCGUAGAGGAACCAUCAGGAGAAAGUAAGAAUGUCCCAAUUACAGUGACAGGCGAGUCAGAGCACAAUGAACGGAUAAAGUCCACAGCAGAGAGAACUGAAGAAUCUCAGAGGCGAGAGGUCCAAGUGUUAAUCUCUCACAUCACAGAGAUACAAAGAGUUUCAGAAAAUACUGAUUCAAAAUCUGUGCUCAAAACCAUUCCAGAUUGGCUCUUGAGUCCGGAAAGUAAGUGUGAACUGGAGGGCUCUGUGGUGGAAAGUGAUGCUCAAAAAAGUGAAGAAAUUCUUUCAGGUGUGAGGAAACUUGCAGAGGCUAAACUAAUGCAUCUAGAAGACAAUGAGACAAUGGAAAAGCAUGAGUGUGAGACAGUUUCUGAAAAAUCUGUUUCUGGUGGGGCAACGCCAAGAAUAUCCAAGAUCAGUAUUGGUUCUGCCAAAAUUGAGAACCAAACAAAGAAGAAGACCUCCCAUGAAAGACGGAAAGAAGAAGUGAGUCUGAGCAAGUCCGUUGACCUUCGGGCUCCCUCGCCGUUACUGAGGAUGCGCUCUCCCUCACCAACGUUCAUCACCAUCGAAUCCACACGAAGAACCGACUCACCCCAGAGAGUAACUCCGUCGCCUACCCUGCUGCAUAGGCCACCCACACCUCCCACACCUCCGCCACGCAGGUGUGACACCCCGAUAUCACGCCUCACAAGAAUCACACCCUCUCCGACUUUUGACAGAGCAGAAAAUUUGGCUCGACUGAAAGACACGACAGCCAAGCUCUCACGUGGCGUCACGCCACCACCUCUGCUUCCCCAACAAAUCUCAGAGAGGAAAUCUGAGAUUGUGGAAUCACCUGCGUCAUUCCAUCGGCAAAUCAAAAUCGAGUCCCAACAUGUGGAGGCUUCAGGGACACUGAUUGCAACUGAAAAGCCCAAAAAGAGUUUAUCUGGGGAGGCACAGCAGGCUGAUGUAAAUUCUUCAUAUGUAGAAGAAGAUCAAGCUAAUAUUUCAGAGAGUUUGUAUGCAAAUGAAAUACAAAAUAGCAUUGAGUGCCACAUGCCAAGUGACCCAGAUCUUAUUGAUUCUUCAGAUAUUUCAGAGCCAUCAUCUGUAUCCUUCAAAGAAAAGAGAGAGUUUUUUGAAGAGGCUCAAAAGGCUGAAAUUAACAAGACCUAUGUGCGAAAGGAGCCCAUUGCUAUCCCUGAACGAUUGGGCCCAGACAUGGAAGACUGUGAGGCAGAAAAUAAGAACAAAGAAAAGGAUGAGCUUCCCAGGGCAGACUUGUAUGGUCUUGUAAACAAAUUUGAAUCACCAGAAGAGAAUUUCUUAAUCAGAAAAGAGCUUAUCCCACUCACAGAGUGGCUUCACAAUGACACUGAAAGCACAGAUGAUGACAAAGAGAAAGAAGAUAUCCUGGAACAGGAAAUGCCAACUUUUGACAUCCAGGAUAUUAAAAAUGUUUUUGAACUGGGUGAGGAAAGUUCCUCAUUGAGAGAGUUGAAAAAGGAUCGGGAGGAGACUGUGUCAAGCCUGAGUGAAACAACAGCUGACACUUCAAAGCGGGAAAGUCCUCCAGAGACAAAGAGAGGCUCACCGCAGAGCACCCCCCUCCCUCCUCAGAAAACUGAGGUAGAAACUGUGCCAGCAGAACCAUCAGCCUUCUCUGAAACCAAAUCAAUCACAGAACAUUUCUCAAAUGUUGAUGAGUUAGGUAACAAGGUCACUGGAACAAGGACAGCUGUCACUGCGCACUCUGAGAGUGUGUCAACCCAACGGGCUCCUUUUUCCUACGCUGAUGCAGUAAAAAAACAAGCUUCAGCAAUGAAGCAAACAGAAACCUACGAUGACGAUGCUACUGACAAGUUGCUGAGUAAUUUCCACAAAACGUGGACAGAAAGUGAAUCCGUUUUCAAAAGUCUUGGCUACACUAUUUCUGAGGAGACAACAUCACAAGUUGUGUCACAUCAGACAAAGAUUGUCUCAUCUGCAGGUUCGAGUUCCAAAGGCGGAGAUCUGCACAGUAUGUCGGAGGAGAGCUUAUCCGAUGGAUGCUCUGAUAGUGGACAAAAAAAAGUACCAUAAAUCCUGUUUCUGCUGUGAGCACUGCAAAAAUAAAUUAAGCCUCGGAAAUUAUGUCUCUCUCCAUGGACACUUCUACUGUCUACACCAUUACAAACAACUCCUCAAGUCCAACGGGAACUACGAUAAUGGACUUGGGGAGAAACCUCCCGCAGGAAGUGGUGGACCUAUCCCCUCAGAUGCGAAACUUGAAUGGCGAUAUUCCAUGAGCAGCCUAAGUUCCGUAGACAAAACACACAGCAGUGAAAACGCAAUGACAAAAAUGUGCGAUGAAUGCAAACCACACUGCAACAAAAUAUCUGUAGUUUGGCCGCCACAGGCUGAUUCCCCGAAGAAAGCCUUUCAAAUAGAAGAUGAUAUUCAGCUAACUAAACCACAGUGGCCCCCUCCUGACAACUCCCCCAAGUCACCCAAACAACAACACAGAAAGGCUGUUCCCAGAAGUGUCCUUUAGAAUAAAACCACCCAACUACACACUUCAGUCAAAUAAACCCAAAGUAGAUGCCCAAAAGAAUGAAUGGUACAAUAAGAUGCUCUGAAAGAACUGUCCUGUUGGUACAAUUUAGGAAGUGUUUGGUUGGAAGAUAUACGCAGUCAAGUGAUUUAAAAAGGAACAUGAAAAGUGAUAUGAAAAGAAACUGUAUAUAGCCUACUUGUAAAUGGGAAUGUGAAGGGAAAAGCAUGUUGUAACUGGAAUAGUAAGUACUAUAGAGAUUGAUGAUGAGAAAGUUUGGAAAGUGGAUGUAGACAUGAAGCAGUGUGCCUUGAACCACAUUUGUUUCAUUCACUGUAUUUUAGCUUUAUUUUUCUUGACAUUCAGUGAUAAAAUUCAGUAUUUGAUACAACAGGAUCAAAUCGAAUCAGUUUUAACUGCUAUAAGAAUUGCCAUUUGCCUCGUUAGACAAGGUAUAGCUAAAAACAGCAUCAUGACAAAAUUAAGAUCUGGAUCAAAUAUGAAUAUUUAUUUGGUUUCACUCUACAUUUCUGGGUGGAAAUGUGUAUGUCUAAACCUUACAAUUCCCACUGCUCAUGAAAGAAGCACACUAAAAAAGUUUUCCAAUAUAAUUUGACUCACUUUUUUUUGGCUUAUUGUACAAUUCAAUCUAUUCUUUUGCUAGCAUGCCGGUUCAUGGAAAUAGUUUCAUAUUGUGGACUCUGUUGUAUUAUUCUGUCAGGUCUUUUAUCUUUCAACAUAUCAACAUUUUUGCAUUUGCCUUUUUUAGCACCUGGUGUGCAGACUACUAAAAGCAUCUUGGAAUUAUUUUAUUUAUAAUAUUGAAAGUAUAUAAUGUAAACAAGUGAAUUGGUGAUAAUCCUGUUUGUUUUGGACAUUUGUAUCCUAUUUUGAAUGACAGAUAUUUUGCAAUGACGAAUUAUAUUUUUUAGUUUAGAUGGUUAUACCUUGCUUUGUACAAGAAAAGUCCUGAUUCUGUCAUCCUCACAGACUGGUUUACUUACUUUAUUGCUGAUCUAAGGGCAAUAAAAUAUUGAAUUUAUUUGUUU